GGAGAUAGUUUACGAUACUUUACGGAUUUGUAGAAAUUUACGCUUAAUUUUUGUUUGCACUUAUUUAUUUAUUGCGUGAAGUAUAUAUUCGUGUUUCACUAGCGUUUUGGUAAAGGGUAUUUAUUUAAAAAAAAAAAACAGUUAGAAGAUGGAAGAAGAACGAGGAAAUGUAGAAGUUUCAACAAAGAUCACAGAGCCAUUACUCAGUGUACCAAAUCCAAGAGCCCUCCAACAAAGUGUUCCUUCCGUACCUGGCCAAUCAAAAUAUGUACAGCUGCUUAAUGUCAUAGAAGAACUUGGUCAUGAGGUGCGACCUACCUAUGCUGGCAGUCGUACUUCUAUAGAAAAAAUUAAGCGUGGUAUUGUACAUGCACGUAUUCUAGUUAGAGAAUGUUUGAUUGAAACUGAAAAAAGUGCUCGUCAGUAA